UCUAAAACCCCUUCCCAACGGACAACUACCCACCCCCUUCUUUCUCGCCGGUGGCCUCCGCCCCUGCCCUUCCACCGCAGCUCAGCCUCGCCCACCACCGGACACUGCUACUGAACUUCAACUUCUUCCAUAAUCGACUCUAGGAAGCAAUCAGCACUAAGCUCUUCAUAGCAAAGCUGAAGAAUUCAUCCUUAUUCUAGUUGUCUAUGAAAGAUGGAGCAGAGAUUAGCUAAUACGUGGCGGAUGACGGUGAAUGAGAAGAAAUUCAUUGAGACUGCCUUGCAUUCUGACCUUAGAAUAGAUGGUCGGCGGCCAUUCGAUUAUAGAGAGCUUACGGUCAAGUUUGGUAGAGAAGAUGGCUCAUCAGAGGUGCAGCUGGGCCUGACACAUGUCAUGGGAUUCGUGAGUUCCCAACUGGUGCAACCUUAUCGAGAUAGGCCGAAUGAAGGAACCCUUUCAGUCUACACAGAAUUGUCACCCAUGGCUGACCCUUCUUUUGAGGCGGGUCGUCCUACAGAAUCUGCUGUAGAAUUGGGGCGUGUGAUAGACCGUGGAUUAAGAGAGAGCAGGGCUGUAGAUACAGAAUCGCUGUGUGUUGUUUCUGGGAAGUUUGUGUGGUCAAUUCGUAUCGAUCUGCAUAUUUUAGACAAUGGAGGAAAUCUUGUUGAUGCUGCCAAUAUUGCUGCUUUAGCUGCUCUCUUGACAUUCCGGAGACCUGAAUGUUCACUAGGAGGAGAAGAUGGUCAGGAAGUCAUAGUACAUCCACCCGAGGUAAGGGAGCCACUUCCUUUGAUUAUACAUCAUCUACCUAUUGCAAUAACCUUUGCAUUCAUCGGUGAUGAAAAUACGGUGGUAAUAGACCCCACACAUUUUGAAGAGGGUGUUAUGGGAGGAAGAUUGACUGCUACGCUUAAUGCUAAUGGGGAUGUAUGUGCUAUACAAAAGGCUGGGGGUGAUGGUGUCAUGCAGAGUGUCAUCAUGCAGUGCUUGCGCAUUGCUUCGGUGAAGGCAGCGGAUAUUACAGCAAAGAUAAGGAAAGCUGUUGACUCAUAUAACACGGAAAGAGCACUAAGCAAGAUCAGGCGGCAGCCUGCUAGUGUGGCUGUACAAGUUACUGAACCUAAUCAGAUAGAAGUUAAGGACUUCUUAAGCAAACAUAAGGAGAAAUUGAUGUUGAAGUCAGAAGAGGGUGGGGCAAGUCACAGUGAUGACAUGGAAAUUGAAGCCCAAUCAUCUGAACAAGAUAAAAGUAGAAGGAGAGAUAGCACCUCAAAGAGUUUUGUCGGUGGUCCCUUGAGUUGGGAUCCCUACUCAAAAGGUGUAGAUUUUGAGGAAUUGCAAGCCUCUAUUGCUUCACGUGUGAAGGUGGCACCUGUAGAGAAGCUAGAGAAAUCAAGGUCUGAUGAGCCAUACAAAGGAGAAUCACCUAAAUUACUUGCUGACAGCAGUACCUCCCUUUUGUCAGAUGAAAAGGCUGCAACUGGACUACAAAUAGAAAAAGAGAAGACUUUGAAAGAUGCUGUGAAGCCUAAGCACAAGAGAAAAAAGAAGGCAUCAACGAACACAGAUGCAAGUUAGCUUCAUCUAGAUUAUGAACGCUUAUAGAAAGGAACAUCAGCAGCUUGAACAAUUGUUUUCUGCUACUUCUCGAAGUCAUUGGAGGAACAACAUGACUUUCAGCUGUCAGUAUGAAAAUGGAUACUCAAAGAUACUGCGUGAUGCUCCUGGUUGGUUGAAUGUAAUUGAAGCACCAAGGAGCUGUCCAUUCUGCCAAUUCUCGCACAUGGCUUUAGCUUUGUACUCCAACUCGGAUGUUCAUUUAACCAAGUUGGUGGACUUAUUGUAAAGAUCUCCAAUGAUUCUGCAGCUGGAGUUGCUGGGUGACAUAUUUUGCUCAACAGUUUACUAAUCCUUGUGGCAUUGUAGAUGAUGUUGGGAAACAGAGGUCAAACAUUAAUCCUUGUUCUUGGUUCCUCUCUGUCUAGAUUGAUAUGAGUAGAAUUUGUAGCCAGAGAGCAGAAAAGCAUGAAUUUUGUAUUCUUUUGAAGUGAUGACUAUCAUUUUCUUUGUUGGCUAUAUUAGUAUCGCAUGCUUGGUUCAUUUC